AUGCCCGUGCACUCUCUCUUCAAGACGCUUAUUAAGAAGAGCCCCGUGCAGAUAGAGCUCAAGAAUACGCUGGUCAUAUCUGGCGUAGUGGAGGACAUCGACACCUUCCUGAACUUCAAAAUAUCGAGUGUCACCAUCGACAAGAAUCCCCUAAACAUUCCGAUGCACACAACGGGCAGCCUCUUCGUGCGGGGCUCCUCCGUGCGGGGCAUCUGGAUAGAGGAGGCAGACGUGCAAAUAAAGAAGCUGGAAAGUGCCACGCGAAAGUCGAUGCUGUACAAAAAACUCACGGCGUAG